CCAGGGACUACUGAUAAGUCAACUACACCACUGACUGAUUCGGCAACAACGAUCACCACAGACAGCGAUACUCAUGGGACUACUUAUAAGACAAGUUCACAGCUGACAACGUUGGCAAAUCUUACAACUAUCAAGAUAACUUCUGCCCCGAGCAACGAUAAUCAAGAUGACACCAUGUACAUCGCUGCUGGGACAGGAGGAGGAAUCUUCAUCCUCAUUAUAAUCGUUAUCUGUGUGUGUGUUGUAAGGACGAGAAGAAAGGGAAACGUCACGCAAGCUAUCAGCGAUGCAGACAAUGGUGCAGAGGUCUCAGAAAACCCACUUUAUGUUACAUACCAAGUUGAACCUGUUGACAACAAAGUGCACUUCACUUACAAUACACCCGAACACAUACCUGCUCUUGGCGGCGCUGUCGACGUUGGUGAUCUGUAUGCCGUACCAGACAAGACACCCAAACACCAGUCAGUUGUAGGCGGUGCUGUCAAUGAUGGUGACAACUACGCCGUCCCGGACAAGACACCCAAACACCAGUCAGCUGUAGGCGGUGCUGUGAACAUUGGUGAUCUGUAUGCCGUACCGGACAUGUCCAUGAAAACAAAGAACGGAACGUGUAAGUAUACACGGAAGUGCGAUUGACCGGACAACGGGUUAGAAUGCGUCUCCUUAUCCAUGUCUGUCGUAAGAGGCUCUAAAUGGGUCGGGUGGUCUGGCUCGGUGACUUGGAUGAUUAGUCAACUAACGUCAUCGGGUGGUUAGAAUCGGCGACUUGGUCCAUGCAUGUCAUUGGAUCCGAAUGUUUUAGAUGCUCAUGAUAUCAGUCACUGUGUUGUCUGGUCCAUAAUCGAUGAUUUACAGACCCCAUCACAAAGCCGGAAUAUUCGCGGUUAAACAGCAAACAGCAAACAAACAAACUUGGUGCAUAGUGUGUCAUCUUUGCCCAACGAUGUGGAACAUUUACUAUAACAGUAACCGUCGGUUUGUCUACUCCAGACUCGACUAUUUAAAGGAUGUCAUCAGGAAUAUUUAACUGAGGCGUAAAACAACUUACCUACAAAAUGUAACAUCCCUUGCGGGAUUUAUGACAGAAAGACAACGUUGAUGUUUGGAUGGAAUAUGUGUGGAUGACAUAAACACAUUGGUUGUUGCAGAUAGUACUUGGUCCGAAGCCGACAAUGAGUAUAGUGAAGUCUAAAUAGAGGAAGCGACGUCAGCUAAUUCGGUGCAGCCGAUGUUCUAGGCGACACAACGCUCACGUGUGUUCGACAGACAAAUUCAAAUGGGGCUCUGCUCCUCUGGGUGUUCUCAUUGUUGUGUACAGCUCUCCCUCUACUAUGAUUAGUUCUGCGUUGAACUUAGACAUUAUUUCAAUGUAAAUAGGGUAAGUUGAUAUAAAUGUACAGUAAACUACCUUUAUAACGAACAUGCUAAUUAAUAACGAACUAACAGAUAAAACUUAUUCUUUUUGGACCCCGGCCAGUUGCCGCAUAUAUACUUAUAACGAAAUAUGGUUGUAACGAACUAAAAUUAGAGGUCCCUUUGAGUUCGUCAUAACCGCAGUGUACUGUACUGGUCAACAAUGUAAUCCAGAUGUACUGGCCUGUACUGGUUGUCAUGGCCUCAAAGACUGAUGGCGGUUAGGAAUUGCCAUGACAAAUACAAUGACAAUAUGCAGAUGUAAGCAAUCCAUGCCUGAAAUAUGGUCAAUACGUGAACCUGUUUGAACAGUUUGAAAAACAACAUUAUCAUGUAGUUACUUUGGAAUUGCCCAUCUGUACAUAUAUUUUAGGACUAUUGUUACUGUUAAAUGUCAAGUUAAAGAAGAAAAUAGCAUUAUCAGUACUGAGUCCAGAGUAAACGCUCUGGUGUUAGCUCACAUCGUGAGCUGUUCAAAACCGUUAUGUUUAUACUAUCGUGUAACUGUUUUAUAUGUGUCAUACAUAUGAGAAAGUCAUGAGAUGCCUUUUUUCAUAUGUAAGAUUGCUUCUUAAACUGAGAAAACUAACACUCUCCUCUGUAUGUGUUAAGUAGUUUACCACUGUGGUUUUAUGUUGUUUUAAAUUGUUCAAACUUUAAUAUUUGUUUUGAUGGACACAUAUAUGUUUUAGGUUAUUAUCAUAUAAUUCUGUUAGC